UCUAAUUGGCCGGAUGACCAUUCAAUGGUGGCGAUCAAAUGGAGACUCGCUGUUGAGUCCUCUGCUGUUGGUCCCGGUUGUUCGUGUCCAAAACUCGAAAGCCUUCUCUCUCACAAGCAUUCAAGCACUCACCCUUCGAGUUUCCGAUCCAUUUCUCAGGACAAAUUGAAUUCUUCGAUUGGAUAAUCGGAACCGAAAACCCCCGUUUGGGGAUUCGAAUUGAGAUCGGGAUUUGUCCAAUUCGAACACUGGUUCGUCCAUGCCGGCAUUUCUUGUUCUCGUUAUCGAGUUUUAGGUUUUUGACAAUGGAAGGUAAUAAGGAUGAAGCUUUGAGGUGUGUUCGAAUUGCCGAAGAAGCAAUUGCUUCCGGCAACAAAGGGCGUGCGUUGAAAUUUAUUAAGAUAGCACAACGGCUUAAUCAGAAUUUGCAAGUUGAUGCACUUUUGGUUAAGUGUGAGGCGAUUAAUUCGGGGUCUUCCGCAUCUUCUGUUGAUGAGAAGGGUGCUAGUGAGAUUAGGAAGGGGGCCGGUGUGGAAAAGUUGGACCGCGGUUUGAAUGGGGAGGUUAGUUAUACCGAAGAGCAUAUUCAGUUGGUUAGGAAGAUUAAGAGAUACAAAGACUAUUAUGCAAUUCUUGGCGUGGAGAAGACUUGCUCGGGUGAGGACAUUAGGAAGGCUUAUAGGAAAUUGUCACUGAAAGUUCAUCCUGAUAAGAACAAGGCUCCUGGUUCAGAAGAGGCUUUUAAGAUAGUGAGCAAGGCUUUCAAGUGUUUGAGUGAUGGAGAUUCGAGGAGGCAGUAUGAUCAGACUGGACUGGUUGAUGAAUUUGAGUACAACCAGCAGCACAAUAAUAUGAGGAGGAGGAGGAGAGGUGGGAAUGACUUUUUUGACGAUGAUUUUGACCCCGAUGAGAUAUUCAGGGCGUUCUUUGGUCAAUCAGACAUGUUUCGGACAGGUCGUGUUUAUAGGACUAGUAGACCAGCUGGCCAUCAGAGGGAGGAGUCUCAGGGAGGGGGACCUAACAUCAUGCUUCUUGUUCAAAUAUUACCAUUCUUGGUAAUUGUGUUGUUAGCAUAUCUGCCCUUCUCUGAGCCUGUCUACUCGUUGCAGAAGAAUUACAACUACCAGAUUCCCAAGACGACAGAGAAAUAUGGAGUGGAAUUUUUUGUUAAAUCGCAAGCAUUUGAUGAGAGUUAUCCUGUUGGAAGUGUUGCUCGAGAUAACAUAGAGAACAGCGUUAUCAAGGAUUACAAAAAUGUGCUUGUACACUACUGUCGGGUUGAGCUUCAAAGGCGUCACUGGAGUAAGAAUCUACCUACUCCUCACUGCGACAAAUUGAAUAAGCUUGGAGUAGCAUGAAGAGGCUAUACGGCUGAAGUGGAUGUUUAGUGCCACCACGUCGAACUUGGACUCAAAGUACAGCUGGUUGAUAUUGUAAAUGCUCCUGUCGACUUCUUUGGAAGUGACCAAGGAUUGCAUAUCCUCUCCAAUAUUACUAGCUGGCCACACAGCUGUUCAGGAAUGUCGUCCAGGAUAGUGGUAGCGAGGGUUUUCAGCACCCGAAUGGCAUAACGUUUGGCUAGAAAUAAUAGUGUACACAACUCUUGAAAUAACCUGUGAGGUCAAUACUAGUUACGAAAGUUUAUGAAAAGUUGAGCAAUAGGUUUGUGAUAGUGAUUAUUUCCGCUUUAAAACCCUGCAGUUUUCUUUGUAUUCUUUUUAUCAGACUAUGCAGUUGCUGUUUACAGUUUCCUUUGAUUUGGUUCGGAUAGAAAGCAUGUCUAUAUGCAAGUAGCGAUCCGUGCAACUUAA